GCAGCCAGGCUCUUCUAAGUCCCAGUCCAGCAAGUGCGAAUCUAACAAGUGGCCGCUAAUUAAUCAUCAACAACGUAUAGUUCAAAUCAAAACUCCCACCUAGUGUUAGCCAGCUGUAAAGUGCUUUUCAGAUCUUGUCGGCAUGUGCGAUAAUGAAGAUGAUCUCUACCGGGAACGCCUGCCGAAUGUCUGCGGAGCAGUGGGCUCAAAGGCCCGAAGUUGCUGCAGCAUGCGGUCCGUUCACAGAUAUUUGCCCGUCACCGAUUGGCUGCCCAAGUACCAGUGGAACUUCCUGGCCAUGGAUCUGGUGGCAGGUCUGACGGUGGGCCUCACAGCCGUACCACAGGCCAUAGCCUACGGGGCUGUGGCCAAUUUGCCUCCCGCCUACGGACUCUACUCAGCUUUUAUGGGUGGUUUCGUGUAUAUACUGCUGGGAACCUGCAAAGACAUCACAGUGGGACCCACUGCCAUCAUGUCGUUAAUGGUACAGCCGUAUGUCGAUGGCAAUCCAGCGUAUGCGGUGCUCCUCUGCUUCCUGUCCGGCUGCAUUAUCACCAUAAUGGGUUUGCUCAAUCUGGGAGUGCUCAUGCGGUUUAUUUCGGUGCCAGUGACAACGGGUUUUACGCUGGCAGCAGCCCUAACCAUUGCCACCGGGCAGGUUAACAGCUUGUUUGGCAUUAGUGGUAGUGCCAAUGGGUUCCUAGGCAGCUGGAUACACUUCUUUAGCCACAUAACACACGUGCGUCGAAAUGAUGCCAUCCUGGGCUGCAGCACUUUAGUUCUCUUGCUUCUAAUGAGGCAACUCAAAGACUUGCCUUUUGGCAUCAAGAGCGUGUGGAAGUAUAUUUCUCUAGCUCGCAACGCUGUGGCUGUGUUAAUUGGAAUCCUGCUGUGCUACCUUUUGAAAAAAGACGAUAAACUGCCCUUUCUAGUCAGCGGUAGCAUCACUCCGGGUUUACCGCCAUUUAAACCUCCACCUUUUCACACGGAGGACACAACCACCGGGGAAAUACUGAACUUUGGCGACAUGGUAUCCCACAUUGGAUCUGGUGUGGCGUCCAUACCACUUUUAUCUGUACUGGAGAGCAUAGCUGUGGCCAAAGCUUUCUCCAAGGGAAAGAUAGUGGAUGCAUCGCAGGAGAUGAUUGCCCUGGGCGUCAGCAACAUUCUCAGCAGUUUCUUCUCGUCCAUGCCCAUUACGGGAUCCUUUAGCAGGACAGCUAUCAACAAUGCCAGUGGAGUGAGGACCCCGCUGGGUGGAGCUUUUACCGGGGCCCUUGUUUUAAUGACCCUGGCCUUCCUCACCUCCACAUUUGCCUACAUUCCCAAGGCGACCUUGGCAGCUAUUAUCAUAGCAGCCAUGUUCUUUAUGGUGGAGUACGAGACCAUUGGCGAGAUUUGGCGGGCAAAAAAACGCGAUAUGCUGCCUUUUUUGGUCACCGUGCUGACCUGUGUUUUCUGGACAUUGGAAUUUGGAAUGGUGGUGGGCAUCGUCUUCAAUGCACUCUUUUUGCUCUAUAAGAGCAUGAAGCCGCAGUUUCAUUUGGAGACCCAAAAGUUCAAUGGCAUCGAGGUGACCAUGGCCGAUCUCAAGGGGAGUGUCGAUUACGCGGCAGCCGAGUACUUGAAGAUGUCAAUUGUGUCUCACGUGACGGAUAGAAAUAGCCAGGGCGGCACUGCCACCACAUUGGUGAUCAUCAAGGGGCACGAGAUCGCCUCAAUUGAUACGACCGUGGCUUUGAACCUCAAAUCUCUGCGUGAAGAUCUUGCCCUGCUGAAAUGCGACAUGAUCUGCUGGAACUGGAGCAUCCCGGCGGCGGGAGUGGUUUGCCGGAUGGAUAGGAAGCUGCGUAGUAUGUUUAAGUACUCGAAAAGCUUUCCCGACCUAAUGCAAACAAUGGCGAACGGCGAGCCGGCAGCCGAUUCGUGCAUUGCCGUGGACUUGAGUCAAUAAAGAGUUCUCUUUUGUCUUGCCAUA